AGAAAUUUAAGGACAAGCACCUCAAAUAAUCAAAGAAAAAAACACUACCAAUUAUGCAGUAGAUUCCUCUAAAAAAAUUCUUAGCUUAUGCUUAUGCUUAUGCCAUGAUCAAAACAAGUACUAUCACCUUAUUAGCCAUAAGCACCUCUUACUUGUUACUUCUAAUUACUCCAUCCAAAGAACCUAGCUAUUAUCAUUCACUCUUUAUAUCAAAUUCCCUAUCAAAUAAUGUAUCCAUAUCCAAUCACCUUCAAAUUCUCACUUGUAGACCUCACAUAGCAGCUUCUGAAGCCAACAAUGAAGCUGCAGCUUAUGUUUUCUCAGUUUUCACUUCAUCCAACAUACUAUCCCGUGUAACAUCCUAUGAUGUUGCUCUCACAUACCCUUUAUCCCGUUCUUUGAUUCUGACAAACUCACCGCGACAACCUCCAACUGUCUUCAAUCUAACUCAAGAAAUCUAUGAUGGUGAUCCUUAUGCCGACGUGGCGGACGAGGUUGUCCCUACAUUCCAUGCAUAUGCCAUGUCAGGAACUGCAAUUGGUUCUGUUGUUUAUGUCAACUAUGGAAGAGUAGAGGACUAUUUGAAACUUAAGGAAAUGGGAAUCAAUGUUUCAAGAAGUGUUGUUUUGGCAAAGUAUGGGAAAAUCUUUAGAGGUGACAUAGUGAGGAAUGCAUAUGAUGAAGGUGCUGUUGGUGUUGUGAUUUAUUCAGAUAAAAAGGACUAUGGUGGUGGGAAUGGAAAAUGGUUUCCUGAUGAAAAGUGGUUGCCACCAAGUGGUGUUCAAGUUGGGAGUGUAUAUGGUGGGGUUGGUGACCCUACAACUCCUGGUUGGGCUAGUUUUAGUGAUUGUGAGAGGCUAUCAAAAGAUGAAGUUGUGAAAAAAGGUGAUGUUCCCUUGAUUCCUUCUUUGCCAGUUUCAGGAGAAGAUGGUGAGAAGAUAAUUAGAUCAAUUGGUGGACCUGUUGCUGAGGAUGAUUGGCAGGGUAGUAAAGAUGGGCCUACUUAUAGGAUCGGACCGGGACCUGGAAUUCUUAACCUCAGUUAUAUGGGGGAGCAGGUUAUAUCAACAAUUCAAAAUGUAAUUGGUGUGAUUGAAGGAGCAGAAGAGCCUGACAGAUUUGUCAUCCUAGGAAACCAUAGGGAUGCAUGGACAUUUGGAGCAGUUGAUCCCAAUAGUGGCACUGCAGCACUACUUGAGGUAGCACAAAGAUUAGGAAAGCUUCAGAAAAGAGGGUGGAAGCCUAGAAGAACAAUCAUCUUAUGCAAUUGGGAUGCUGAGGAAUAUGGCCUUAUAGGAUCAACAGAAUGGGUAGAAGAUAACAGAGAACUUCUUGCUUCAAGGGCAGUUGCUUACUUGAAUGUUGACUGUGCAGUUGGUGGACCAGGGUUCCAUGUCAGUGCUACUCCACAGCUUGAAGAAUUGAUAAAAAGAGCAACUAAAAAAGUAAGAGACCCUGAGAAUUCAUCACAAAGCAUUUAUGAUUCUUGGACUAGUUCCGGUGAUCCUCCUCUAUUUGGAAGGUUAGGAGGUGGAGGAUCAGAUUAUAAACCUUUUCUACAACAUGUGGGAAUUCCAGCUGCUGACAUAUCCUUUGGAGGAGAUGUUGCAGCAUAUCCAGUAUACCAUUCACUGUAUGAUGAUUUCAUUUGGAUGAAAAAAUUUGGUGAUCCAAUGUUUCAAAGGCAUGUUGCAGCUGCAAGUGUUUGGGGUCUAGUAGCACUUUGGCUAGCAGAUGAGGAAUUCUUACCUUUUGAUUACCUAUCCUAUGCUAAGGAGCUUAAGCUUAACAUGGAAGAACUGAAAAAUCAGAUUUCAAAUAAAGAUGUAACUUUGUCUCCUAUGGAUAAGUCCAUCAAGGAGCUUGAGAAAGCAGCAACCAAGAUAAAUAAUCAGAGAAAGGAAAUAGAAGCAAGUAAAGGUUGGAGAACAUGGAAGAUGGAUGAGUUGAAAGUGAGAGAAGUAAAUGAUAGAUUAAUGAUGGCUGAGCGUGCAUUUACAGACAGAGAUGGCCUCUUUGGAAUGCCAUGGUAUAAGCAUUUGAUCUAUGGACCAUCUAAACAUAAUGACUAUGGAUCUCAAUCAUUCCCUGGAAUUGUUGAUGCUCUAACAAUAGCCAAAAAUGUACAAACAACAGAAUCAUGGCAUCAUGUGCAACACCAAGUUUGGAGAGUUUCAAGAGUCAUAAGACAUGCUUCAUUAGUUCUCUCGGGUCAAUUAACAUGAAUAUCAUCAAUUCACUUUUAUAAUUUUUCUAUUGAUGAUAAUAACUUACAUCUCCACAUGAAUAAAUAUAUAUGGUGGAUCAUAAAUAAAAGUUACAUAAAUCUUUAAUAACUUACAAUUUGAAUUA